AGAGACGCAUACGGUUUUAAACGCCCCGUGGAAUGGGUUGAUAUUCAAGAAUUGGAAACGUUUCAAGUGUAUUAUCAGCGAAUUCUGGCGCGACAAGCGGAAAAGUGGCGAGGAUACAUGAAAGAAAACAAGGGCCAUUGGCCAUCGAAAGACGCUAAAUUGAUCCGAUAUGCAAGAAAAGGAAUACCGCAAGAGUUGAGAGCAAAGGCCUGGUUGCAUUACAGUGGAGCGCAGCAUAAAAUGGACACCUGUGUGGGUCACUAUGAAGAAUUACUCCAACAAGCCGAGGAAAUGGGAGAUCGUAACGAAUACGCCGACAUUAUUCAGCGAGACCUUCACCGCACCUUUCCAGACAACAGUCAUUUUUGUUGCGCGGUUUCUCAAGAGGAUGGGUCGGUAACGAUGGAUCCAAGUACGAACGACCACCUCCAAAAGCUCAAGCGUGUUUUGCUUGCUUUCAGCCUUUAUUUGCCCCAAGUCGGAUACUGUCAGUCACUCAACUUUUUGGCGGGGUAUUUCAUUCUUUUAUUGGAAGAGGAGGAAGCGUUCUGGUUACUGGUGAUGACCAUCACCGAGUACUUUCCCCCUGGCAUGUUUGAUUCAUCUUUGGAAGGAGCUACCAUAGAACAAGCUGUGCUCAUGCAGUCCAUCUACGAAAAGAUGCCAGGCGUGUGGAAUAAGAUUGCCAAUAAGCGAUGUUUCUGGGAAUGUGAGCAAACCAACCGGUUACCAUCCAUCACCCUCGUCACCGGUCACUGGUUCAUGACCCUAUUUAUCAAUAUCCUCCCCGUAGAGACCGUUCUUCGUGUCUGGGAUAGCUUAUACAUGUAG